AGUUGGAACCUAUCAGCUGAUUGGUCUAGUUCAGGCUCACGCUGAGCUGAACUGGACUAGCCUAUGUCCCCAACACCCAACUCCCCAGUUUGCAACAAGAAAAACCACUCUAAUCUGUCCCAACAAUCAACAUCAUUGCGACAUUGCUCUCGUUAGUCGUCAUCGUCGAUAGCCAUUACUUAGGUUCUCCGGCGGCGUGAUCUACCAGCCAUUAGCAACAACUCGCCUCAAACUCCCAAAUUCUCUCGAUUUUUGGCCUUCUCUUCAACUUGAAAAUCUCCACUAGGUAAUUCCUUACUUACCCACUUCUUUAGUAACAAUGCACAUAAAAUCCCUGAAACUUGAAUGAUUAAAUCUUACAAAAUUCAUGCAGUGAUUGGGUAUUUUUGGUUUUUCAGUUCUUUCUUUUAGAGCAAAUGUUGAGGCUUUAUUCAUCAAAGAAAAGUUUGUGCUGUUUCAAGAGACAUUUAGCAUGUUUAAGCACUAUAAGUUGUUGUUCAACUAAACCAUCAAAAGAUUAUAUGUCUAAGGUCAUAUAUACAAUACUUUAUAGCAAAACCCCUGAGCAAGCUUUGAGUUAUUUCAAAUCGAUUUCGCUGUCGAUUGAUGUAACGAAAAACCGCCUAGCUCAUUCGGCGAUUGUUCAUGUGUUAAGCAAGGCUAAAUGGUACUUGCAGGCAAGGUGUUUGUUAAAAUGCCUCAUCCAGGAUCUCAUUAAGACGUGCCCACCUUCACGUGUUUGCUCCAUUGUUUUUAAGGACUUGAGUCGAGUUGAUGAGUCUAAAUUUGAUGGCAAUGUGUUUGGAGUGUUAAUAAUUGCAUUAUCUGAAAUGGGUCUGGUAGAUCAAGCUAUUUGGGUUUAUUAUAAGAUUGGAGAAUUGCCUUCUAUACAGGCAUGUAAUGCUCUUUUGAAUGGGUUAAUUAAGGCGGGAAGGUUAGGUUCGGUUUGGAGAAUUUAUGAUAAGAUGCUUGAAAGGGGGAUCGUUCCUAGUGCUAUUACAUAUGGUACUUUGAUUGAUGGCUGUUGUAGUGAAGGGGACAUUGGGAAAUCACGUGCGUUGCUCGAUGAAAUGGUCAGGAAAGGGAUCAAACCAACAGUUGUUAUUUUCACGUCUUUGAUUCUUGGGUUGUGUAAGGAGGGUAGGUUGUCAGAAGGGGAAAAUUUGUUUAGAGUAAUGAAAGAAUCUGGUUUAAUUCCCAAUUUAUACACUUACAACGUUCUUAUGGAUGGGCACUGUAAAAUAGCCAACUGGCGACGUGUUGUGGGUCUAUAUAGGGAAAUGUUGAGCUGUAACUUGAUGCCUAAUGUAGUUACAUUUGGAAUUUUAGUUGAUGGGUUUUGCAAACAUGGUAGAAUGGAUACUGCAAGAAGGCUCUUUCCUUACAUGAUGAAGGCUGGUGUUCCUCCCAAUGUAUUUAUAUACAAUAGUUUGAUGGAUGGGCUUUGUAAGGCUGGAAAUUUUUCUGAAGCCCUGACUAUGUAUGAAGAAAUGAAUAUUUUUGGCAUCGCUUCAGAUGUGUUUACUUAUAGUAUUCUUAUAAAGGGUCUUUCUGAAGUAGGUAGGGUGAAGGAAGCAGCUAAUCUACUUUUGAAGAUGAAAAAUGAAGGGGUCUAUGCAAAUUCUGUGACAUACAACUCUGUGAUAGAUGGACACUGCAAACAAAGAGACAUGAAAAAAGCUCUCGAACUAUCUUCACAAAUGGUGAAAGAGGGCAUAGAACCCAAUGCCCAUACCUUCUCUACUCUCAUACAUGGAUACUUCCGAGAAGGGAAUGUGGAUUUUGCAAAGGGCAUAUUUUCAGAAAUGAUUAUUAAAGGGCUUUUGCCUGAUGUUGUAACCUAUACAAUUUUAAUCAAGGGGUAUUUCAAAAUUGCAGACACGGAGGGUGCUCUUGGGAUUUAUAAAGAAAUGCAAGAGGAAGGGCUCGCUCCUAAUGCUUUCACAAUUAGUUGUCUCAUUGAUGGGUUGUGCAAAGAUGGACAUGUUAAUGAUGCAUUCAAACUUUUUCUGAAAGUUACAACCUCUGCAGAUUGUGAAGGCACUCAAUCUCAGUUUGACACGAGAACAAGUCCUUUCAAUCAUGUAGUAUAUACGGCUCUUAUCCAAGGGCUUUGUAAGGAAGGGAGAAUACUUAGAGCUAGUAAGCUGUUCUCAGAUAUGAGAGCUCGUGAUUUAAGGGCUGAUAUAGUCACUUACAUAAUUAUUAUUCUGGGACACUCUCGAGCGCAGCAUGUCCAAAAUUUACUGAUGUUGCAGGCAGAUAUGCUCAAACUAGGUUUCUUGCCUGACACUGUCAUAUGUCGAAUCCUGCACAAGUCUUAUGUGGAGUUUGGGGAUAUUAAAUCAGCUUUAAAGUGCUUUGGGGAUCUACUAGGCUUAGGUGUUGCGUCCAAGCAGUUACUUCCCAAACAGUGGGGUCAUAAUCUUGUUUUACAGGAAUCUUGUGAAUGAUGGUUUGUCAAAAGGCCAGGUGUAAAGAAGUCCUGUGAUGAAAGCUGGUUCCCUGCAAGGAUAUUGAUGAAGCACACCUUUUGCAAGACAUCUGCCAGCUGUGAUUUGCAUGUGUAUCUUUUUAGUUGUGUUGGCGAGUCCUGUUUUGGCCGAUUUCAUUCAGCAGCGUUUUUGCACAAGAAGAUCAUUUAUCAGGCCUUGUGGCCAUUUGUCCUGGAUUAGACUGAAAAAAUCUGACUGUUGAAUUUGUAUGCAACGAAAUUUCCAGCUCUGCCGAAGUUCCUUUCCCUCUUAAGUCACUUGAAUAAUUGGAGCUUUUGGUUUGCGGUUCGCCUUAAGUGGGCAAAAAAUAGGCAAACACCGACCACAAUCAGCUUUUUUCGGAUCGCAGUUCGCGGGGAGAUUAGAGAAUUAUGUUACAUACUGGAUGCUGCCCCAUCCUUUUGAGGGUCUUUCUUAAAUUGUCUUGAAAGUAAAGCUGUGAGUUCCCAGCAUGUGAAACAAUAGCAAGGCCAAAGUAUCUUUCUCUGAAUCAGCAAAGA